UCUUUCUUUCAAUCGAUGCUAGCUUACAAUAAAUAUCCCAUCUUCUUUUUUCUACCGUAUAUUAUGACACAUCCACUACUACUUCCUACCCCAUUCCCUCUACCCUCCCCACUCUCUAGCUAGCUUCUUCAAAUCCAAUCACAAUCACAACGCCAAAAUGUCAGACCGGGGUACCUUCUCCGGUGACUCGGCGGCCGUGGCAGAUGUUGUUGUUAAGGAAGGAGAGACAAAAAUGGAGCACAAGGUUCCAUUCUUAAAGCUGUUCUCCUUUGCUGACUCUUAUGAUUGGGUGUUAAUGGCUAUUGGAUCUGUUGGGGCGUGUAUUCAUGGUGCUUCUGUUCCUGUUUUCUUCAUCUUCUUUGGGAAGUUGAUUAAUGUCAUUGGCUUGGCUUAUCUUUUCCCCAAGGAAGCUUCUCACAAAGUUGCCAAGUACUCGUUGGAUUUUGUCUAUCUAAGUAUAGCAAUUUUGUUCUCGUCUUGGAUAGAGGUGGCUUGUUGGAUGCAUACCGGUGAGCGUCAAGCAGCAAAGAUGAGAAUGGCGUAUUUAAGGGCCAUGUUGAAUCAAGAUAUAAGCUUAUUUGAUACAGAGGCAUCAACUGGGGAGGUAAUUUCGGCCAUUACAAGUGACAUCAUCAUUGUUCAAGAUGCGCUAUCAGAGAAGGUAGGGAACUUCUUGCACUACAUAAGCCGAUUCAUAGCGGGGUUUACUAUUGGAUUUGUCAGAGUGUGGCAGAUUAGUUUAGUGACACUUUCAAUUGUGCCUUUGAUUGCUCUUGCUGGAGGUCUUUAUGCAUAUGUCACAAUUGGUCUCAUUGCAGAAGUUCGAAAAGCUUAUGUUAGAGCUGGUGAAAUUGCUGAAGAGGUGAUAGGCAAUGUUAGAACUGUACAAGCAUUUGCAGGAGAAGAAAGAGCAGUGAAAUCGUAUAAAGAGGCUCUCAUGAAAACUUACGUCAAUGGUAGAAAAGCAGGUUUAGCUAAGGGUCUGGGACUAGGCUCAAUGCAUUGUGUCCUUUUCCUAUCUUGGUCUUUGCUUGUUUGGUUCACUAGCAUUGUUGUUCACAAGAAUAUUGCCAAUGGGGGAGAGUCUUUCACCACCAUGCUCAAUGUUGUCAUCUCUGGCCUGUCACUUGGGCAGGCUGCUCCAGAUAUCUCUGCAUUUAUACGAGCAAAGGCAGCAGCUUAUCCCAUUUUUAAGAUGAUAGAGAGGGACACAUUAAGCAAAAAAAGCUCAAAAAUUGGUCGAAAAUUAAGCAAAUUGGAGGGGCAUAUCCAGUUUAAGGAUGUCUGUUUCAGUUACCCAUCUCGUCCGGAUGUAGAAAUCUUAAACAAACUCUGUCUUGACAUUCCUUCAGGGAAAAUUGUAGCUCUUGUGGGAGGUAGUGGUUCUGGAAAGAGCACUGUCAUAUCAUUAAUUGAACGGUUUUAUGAACCCCUUUCUGGUGAUAUACUAUUAGAUGGAAAUGAUAUCAGGGACCUUGAUCUCAAAUGGCUUAGGCAGCAAAUUGGGCUAGUUAACCAAGAACCUGCCCUUUUUGCUACAAGCAUCAAGGAAAACAUACUGUAUGGAAAAGAUAAUGCCACUCUAGAAGAGCUAAAACGUGCUGUUAAGCUUUCAGAUGCUCAGUCUUUCAUUAACAAUCUUCCUGAAAGACUAGAAACUCAGGUUGGUGAGAGAGGGAUACAACUAUCAGGUGGGCAGAAGCAAAGGAUUGCGAUAUCUCGUGCCAUUGUGAAGAAUCCCUCAAUCCUUUUGUUGGAUGAAGCAACCAGUGCUCUGGAUGCUGAGUCUGAGAAUAGUGUACAGGAGGCUCUUGAUCGUGUCAUGGUUGGUAGAACAACUGUGAUAGUGGCACAUAGACUUUCUACCAUUAGAAAUGCAGAUAUGAUUGCUGUUGUACAGGGUGGGAGGAUUGUUGAAACUGGUAACCAUGAAGGGCUCAUUUCUAACCCAAGUAGUGUAUAUGCAUCUCUUGUUCAACUCCAGGAGUCAACUUCUGUGCAAAGCCUCCCCUUGGAUGAUCCUAGCUUGGGACGGCAAUCAAGCAUAACCUACUCAAGACAAUUAUCCCGCACAACAGCAACAGCAAGCUUAGGUGGUAGUUUUCGAUCAGACAAAGAAUCUAUUGGCAAGGUUGAAGCAGAAAAGGGAAGCAAUUCAAAGCAUGUUUCAGUAGCAAGACUAUAUUCUAUGGUUGGUCCUGACUGGUUUUAUGGGGUUUUUGGAACGUUAUGUGCAUUUGUUGCUGGAGCACAGAUGCCGCUUUUUGCCCUUGGAAUCUCUCACGCACUUGUAUCAUACUAUAUGGACUGGGAUACAACACGUCAUGAAGUCAAAAAAAUUUGUUUUCUCUUCGUUGCAGCAGCAGUGAUAACUAUCACCGUUCAUGCCAUUGAACAUCUUUCUUUUGGAAUCAUGGGCGAGCGACUCACUCUUCGUGUGAGAGAAAUGAUGUUUGCGGCUAUUCUGAAGAAUGAGAUUGGCUGGUUUGAUGAUACAAACAACACAAGUUCUAUGCUUUCAUCACGUUUAGAGAGUGAUGCAACUUUAUUACGGACUAUAGUUGUUGAUCGCUCUACAAUUCUGUUACAAAAUGUUGGUCUGGUUGUUGCUUCAUUUAUUAUUGCCUUCAUCUUGAACUGGAGAAUAACACUUGUUGUCAUAGCCACUUAUCCUUUGGUCAUCAGUGGUCACAUCAGUGAGAAAAUUUUCAUGAAAGGCUAUGGUGGCAACUUGAGCAAAGCAUAUCUAAAAGCCAACAUGCUUGCUGGGGAGGCUGUGAGCAACAUGCGCACUGUUGCUGCAUUUUGCUCUGAAGAAAAGAUCCUUGACCUUUAUGCUAAUGAGCUUGAAGGUCCUUCCAGACGUUCAUUUCAGCGGGGCCAAAUUGCUGGCAUAUUCUAUGGCAUUUCCCAGUUCUUUAUUUUCUCAUCUUAUGGCCUUGCCUUGUGGUAUGGAUCUGUUUUGAUGGGAAAGGAGCUUGCUAGCUUUAAAUCAGUAAUGAAGUCAUUUAUGGUUUUGAUUGUAACUGCACUGGCUAUGGGGGAGACUUUGGCACUGGCCCCAGACCUUUUGAAAGGGAAUCAAAUGGUUGCAUCAGUUUUUGAAGUGAUGGAUAGAAAGUCAGGAAUAACAGGUGACACUGGAGAAGAGUUGAAGACUGUUGAGGGAACAAUUGAGCUCAAAAGAAUCAAUUUCAGCUACCCUUCAAGGCCAGAUGUGAUAAUUUUCAAGGAUUUUAGUUUAAGAGUUCCUGCAGGGAAGAGUAUAGCCAUAGUGGGGCAAAGUGGUUCCGGUAAAAGCUCUAUAAUCUCCCUUAUACUCAGAUUUUACGAUCCAACAUCAGGGAAGGUGUUAAUUGAUGGAAAAGACAUAACGAGACUUAAUUUGAAAUCUCUGAGGAAACAUAUUGGUCUUGUACAACAAGAACCUGCUCUGUUUGCAACAUCAAUAUAUGAAAAUAUUCUUUAUGGGAAGGAAGGCGCUUCUGAUUCAGAAGUAAUUGAAGCAGCUAAGCUUGCCAAUGCUCAUAACUUCAUCAGUGCUCUUCCAGAUGGUUACUCUACUAAAGUAGGGGAACGAGGGGUGCAACUAUCUGGUGGCCAGAAACAAAGGGUAGCCAUUGCCAGAGCUGUUUUGAAGAACCCUGAGAUCUUGCUUCUCGAUGAAGCCACUAGCGCGCUAGAUGUGGAGUCGGAGCGCGUGGUGCAGCAAGCUCUCGACAGGUUGAUGCAGAACAGAACAACAGUUAUGGUGGCGCAUAGGCUAUCCACAAUAAGGAAUGCAGACCAAAUCUCAGUUUUGCAGGAUGGGAAGAUAAUUGAACAAGGGAGUCAUUCAAGUCUUGUAGAGAAUAAAAGUGGAGCAUACUUUAAACUAGUUAGCCUUCAACAACAACAGCCUCAACCAUAGAUUGAUGGAAGACAUGACAAAAAAAACAUGAAGUUUUUCAUACUGUAACUUUGUAUGUUCUUUUGUUCUUCCAACCCUCAUCAAUGAUGUGGAUUGGGAGCUGGUGUCAGACCGGAAUAAUUUCAAAUAUAUGUAUGUGCAGGUGAGUGUUAACGUAUUAUAAACAUGUAAAAUAGCUUUCUGUAUUUAGCAUAUCACCUCUGGUUAUAGCAUACAAGAAAGAGUUGCCUGACUA